AACUGUUCGUGCAUUUACAUGGUAAAACAUUCUAUGGAAAACAUUUUAAUAUUUCAUAGUAAAAUCAUUUAUUGCUCCAGUAUAUAUUAUAAAAGUGAUUUUUAACAAAUAUUUUUUGUGUGAUAACAAAAGUAUUGAACCUUUAUAGAAUUAUACAAAUUCAAUAAAGUGCAAACGUAACGACUCGUCUCGAUAUUCAGUAUCGGAUACAUUUGAGUGAAGCAACAAUUGGAUUAAUAAUAACAUAAAUGUUUUAAAUAUUUACCUUUCAGAUAAAAUAAUAACAAUGUUAAUCGAAAUAUUAGUUACGAUUAUUAUAACUUUUUUAAUUUUUACAUAUUUUUACCAUAAAUACGUGAUUUCGAAUUUCUGGCGUAAAAAGAAUGUGUUUUAUGUUGACCCGAGCGCAGCUAAAAACUACAUGGCUGCUUCCUUUGGACAAGUAGCAUUGGGAGAAUUUUUCCGUGAUGUUUACUUGAAAUAUAAAGAUCACCAUGCAUUUGGAAUGUGUAUGUAUUUCAACCCAAUGUUAAUGGUUGCCGAUCUCGAUUUCAUUCGAACGGUGUUAACAAAAGAUUUUUCAAAUUUUCACGAUCGUGGCAUGUUUUGUGACGAAAAACAUGAUCCACUAUCUUGUAAUUUGUUUAAUCUCACUGGUACAAAAUGGAAGAAUCUGCGCAUCAAGAUGACGCCAAUCUUCACUCCAGGAAAAAUUAAGCAACAAUUCCCAUACAUCAAUGAAAUUAGCCAGCGCCUUGUAAAAUAUUUAGAAAAGGAAGCUCAAAUGAAAUCUACCAUAGAAAUGAAAGAUUUGUUUGAAAGAUACACAACUGAUGUAAUUAUGUCAACGGUUUUUGGAGUGAAUUCCGACUGCAUCGAAAAUCCGAAUAACGAGUUCGGACACUGGAAACGAAGAGUCAUAGAACCAAGUCAACUUCGUAUCGUACUCUCUGCUUAUGCUGCUAAAAUUAUAAAAAUUUGGCAGUUUUUAUCUAUCCCUAUCACACCCAAUGACGUUACAAACUAUUUUAUAAACCUGUUUCAAGUCAAUAUGGAGAACAGGAAAGCCCACAAUAUUGUUAAACAGGACUUUUUGAAUCUCCUAAUACAACUUGUGGACACAGGCUACAUUAAAUCUGAUGAUGUCAAAAAUACCGUAGAUAUGUCUUCAAUCGCGACUGAAAAACUUACGAUGAUAGAAGGAGCUGCGCAAGCAUUUAUCUUCUUUAUAGCUGGUUAUGAAACUUCUGCGACGACGGCGUCGAAUUGUAUGUAUGAAUUAGCUCAAAACCAAGACAUUCAAGACAAACUGCGUAAUGAGAUCGACGAAAUAAUUAAAAAGCACAACGGACUAAGCUAUGACGCGCUAAAUGAAAUGACAUAUCUGCAUAAAGUAAUCAAUGAGACUAUGAGGAAAUAUCCGCCUGUUCCGUCGAUACACCGCAUCUGCACCGAAGAUACAAUAUUUCCGCCGAAUAUUCAGGUGUCAAAAGGAACUGCCAUUAUUAUACCAGUAUUUGGACUCCAUCGAGAUCCGUUGAUCUAUCCAGACCCCGAUAAAUUCGAUCCCGACCGCUUUAACGCAGAAGAAAUAGCAGCCAGACAUCCUUAUGCGUAUUUACCUUUUGGAGAAGGACCAAGAAUUUGCAUAGCUGCAAAAUUGGGCUAUUUGCAAACAAAAAUUGGUAUUAUCAAUGUUUUAUCGAAAUACAAAUUCAAACUUGCUCCCCAAACUCCGGUUCCGCUAACAUUCAAGUCCGCGCCUAUUGUUCUAAGGGUUAAAGAUGAUAUACAUGUUAUAAUUGAGCCGCGGUAAAUUGGUAAUUGUGUAAUUAUUAGAAUUAUAUUAUUGAAAGAGAUAUAAAGAUCGUCCUGAAAAAUCUUUUACAUGUAUUAAUAUACACUGUACAUUGCUUCGAAAUACACAUUAUCAAAAGUUG